AUGGACACGCGGAAGCGAAAGAAGAAGGUCCUCUUGAUGGGCAAGAGUGGCUCGGGGAAGUCGUCGAUGCGCUCCAUCAUUUUCAGCAACUAUGUCGCAAAGGACGUGCGCCGACUGGGAGCGACAAUCGACGUGGAACACAGUCAUGCAAAGUUCAUGGGCAACCUGACCCUCAAUCUGUGGGAUUGUGGAGGGCAAGACGCAUUCAUGGACUCCUACCUGAACGCCCAGCGCGAAAACGUCUUCUCCGAUGCCGAAGUUCUCAUUUACGUCUUUGACAUCGAAUCCCGAGCCGUGGAUCAGGACCUCGAGACAUACAGCCAGGUGAUCAAAGCGUUGAAAGAAUACAGUCCUAACGCCCACGUCUUCUGCUUGGUACACAAGAUGGAUUUGGUCCAGAGUGAACACCGAGAAAGAAUCUAUGAAGAAAGGUGCCGGUUGAUCAUUGCUCGCUCCGAGGGCCUCAGCUUGGAGACUUUCGCGAGCAGCAUCUGGGAUCAGACACUCUAUAAGGCUUGGGCAGGCAUUGUCCACAAGAUGAUUCCGAACCUGGUGGUGAUAGAACGCUUUCUGGCAGCUUUCGCAAAACAGCUCAAAGCCGAAGAGAUAGUGCUUUUCGAGAGAUCUACAUUUCUGACGGUGACGAACGUCGCCACACAGUAUGGCGAGGACAACCCCAACAUGGAUCGACAUGAGCGGAUAUCAAACAUCAUGAAGAGCUACAAGCAUACAGCAGCACGAAACACCAGAACUACGGCGGCAAGCGCAGGGUUCUUACUGUUCAAAGUCCAGACGCCUCGUUUCAAUUGCUUUCUGGCCAGGUUUACCGAGAACACGUAUAUAUUUGUUGUCAUCCCCCCUGGAGAGGCAGCAUUUAACUGUGCGGUCUUGAACACGAUGAUGGCGAGGGACGCUUUCAGCAAGAAGACAGGGGUUGAAGGAUGA